GCUACGAUUGUUCGAAUAACACGAUUUUAUCGCUUCAUCGGUGACAGUGACUACAUAAGUACUGAUAUUGUGCCCGCCGCCGUAUAUUUGUUAUUAAUGAUGUGUGAUUCUUAUAUCUGUGGUUGCGCUACUAAAACAUACAUUACGAAAUCGUUGGAUCUUGUCGGACGUUGAAUCGUUUGACUCCUUUUUUUUCUUUAUAAACAUUUAAUCAAACAUCUAAUUUCUGUCCAGUACAAAUCGAUUAGAUAGACGCGGACGAUCACAUCGAAUACGAACAAACAAAGAGGCUUUAUACAAAAGUAAAUUUUCCGUUAAAUCGACCGGAAUAUCGAUAUCGAUUUAAUGGAAAAUCGUCACGAAUAUCGAUCGAAUAAUCGCAGAAAUUUCUAAAUUAAUUUUCGUACAUUUCCAUCUCCGAAUAAGACAUCUACUUAUCGUAAAAAUUAAUCGACACGGCACACAGCGGCUUCAUUAUAACGUAAUGAAGUAAGCGAUAAACAAAACGCGAAUAUAGAAGCGCAACUUAUAUUGAAAAGUUUGAGUAGCGUUGUUGAAACGCAUAUCCGCGGGCGCGCGACCCGCAGUCGAGAUGCGCCCGCCGUUGGGCCCCGUGGCCUUUGUGUUACUUCUCCUCUAUCCUGCUGCCCUGGUACUCUGCUACCACGACGACAGCGGAUACAGAGCGGAGGAACCGCACCUCACUGACACCAUCGACGUAAUAGAUAGCAGCACAGCGCGAUGCCCAACUGACCUGGUGUUGCGGUCGCGGCAGACGUGUCGCGUGGGGGACGCCGACGUACAAUGCGUGAGGCUGCACUGCUGCGAUACACACCAACACGUCGCUGGACGGUGUAUUCCGAAAUCAAUGGAGCCGUGCAGUCUGAACCUGUGUGAGCAAGCAUGCGAAGUGCAGGGAGAGAGUAUGUGGUGUUCCUGCUACCCUGGGUUCCAGUUCAACGCGGAAAGCUAUUCCAAGCAAGAGCAGCCGUAUUGUGUUGAUGUAGACGAGUGUGCGACGAACAAUGGUGGGUGUGAGCAACGCUGCGUCAAUGAUCCUGGAAGCUUCCACUGCGAAUGCUCACCGCCGCUCUCACUAGCUAGUGAUGGCAAGAAAUGUGUCCCACGGAUACCGCUGGCUAUUGCAGAACCUCUUCCACUUGUGCGCGCCUCCUCUCGAUGCUACGCGCCGUGUGACACUGUGACGUGGUUGACCAGGAAAGUGAGACAGCUGAACGAUCAACUGCACGCGACACACGCCGCCUUAAAAAAGUUGUUGGAGCACCCAAUGCUGAAAGAUGACGGUGGCGAAGGCAAUUACGCAUAUAGAGUACUUGACGCAACGGCUCCGUUGGAAGGCGGGUAUUGUCGAUGCGAGCGAGGACCGAGGGGACCACAAGGACCGCCGGGCAUGGAGGGACCCAAAGGUGAUACUGGAGCGAGAGGACCUCGGGGCGCACGUGGUCCUAAAGGAUCCCUCGACUUGAUGCUUCUUAUGCUAGCGGAUGUAAGGCAUGACAUACAGAACAUUGAGGCGCGCGUUUACAAAGACGGAGAAAAGCCGGAACGAUUCAAUCUCCAAAAGGCUUGGCGCCGCCAACGCAAGCAGGAGAAAAUUGACCGGGACAGCAGAACCGAACAGGAGCUAGAAGCGUACACGGCGCCAUCUGUUGAAAGCCCCGUUGAAAUAUCUUCUCGAGGUCGUACGGGAGAAAUACGCCACGAUUCAACAACUGACUGGUCAAUGGUGAAAGGCGACAAUGACCUUGAAGACUUGCCGCUGGGCCUCAUGGACGACAUGAAGGCGCUGGAGAGGCUGCGGCAGUACCACGUGACCGGGAACUCCUCCAAGAUUGAUGAUGAGGAGGAAACUGAGAACGACUACGACUACAGCUUCUACUAGGGGUGCAUAAAAUAAAAUAAGUAUUUAAAAAUA